AUGGAUGUUUCAUUUGGUGAAGGGAAAGAAGGGAAAGCUACUCUUAUUUUCAAGAAACAUGAUAUUGGACAAGGGAAAUAUCCAUCAAUUUCACAAAAAGCUGAGGUUUCUAAUAAUAUUCAUCUUAAUCUUGAUUUUGGUUCUAAUGGAAAAUUGCCUGGUGAUAUUAUGAAAAGCCUUGAAGAUGAGAAGAAGCCAAUAAUAAUGACGUUGAUGAUUCAUGCGAAAAUGGAGAUUAAGAGUUGGGUUAAAAAUAUGAAGAAAGAUUUGACCAUUACUUGUGAUUUUGACGUGGAAGGGUUGACAAAGAAAUCCAAGAUUUUAGCCAAUGAGUGUAUAACGGAUUUCUAA